GGCUAACAAAUCUAAACAACUUCCCUAUUCAUCAUAUUUAAUAGAAAGUUUAUUAUUUUUUAUUUAAUUUGAUUCUAAAAUAUAUUGGCUAGAUUUGAUAAUCGAUUUAUUAUACAUAUACAUAUUUAUAUGAUUCAUAUAUUUAUUCAUUUACUACUUUUCAAGCUUUUUUAAGCUAAAAUGUAUAAAAGUGAAAUACAUAUAUCUCUAAAAUUUUAUUUAGUCUCAUUAACUUCAUAUACUUUUUUAAGUCAACCGAAAUUAAUUUGGUUUGGUCUGUGUUCGAUUUGAAUUCGGCUUAAUUUGUAUUUGGUUCAUCUUGAUUUGUAUUCGGUUUGGUUUAUAUUUGGUUCAAUUAAAUUAAACUGGUUUUUAGUUUUGUUUGAAAAAAUACAAUUUGAAACACAAAAACAAUCAUCAAUUAAUCACUUAAAACCGAUAGAAACCGCAACCGCCUGCUUCUACAAACUCCCGCAACCGCAACCGCUGCGUUUGAACCAGUCAUGCCCUAAGUCAUUACCUUUUUCAUAUUUAAACGCAAAAACAUCAAAAUAGAAGACACAAUCAAUAAUUUAAAAUUAUUAUCUUCAAACACCUAGUUUAACAAUUAUAUAUAGUUUUUUUUAGAUUUUGAUGAUAAUUUAAGAAAAUAAUGAUCUUUUAUUUUAUUGUUAGUUGUGUUUUAUAUUUAUUUACUAGUAAAAUAUAUGUCAGAUGGUUUACUAUCUUAGAUCUUAAUAUUAUUAGUAUAUUUAGUUUACCUAACUAAAUAAAUAUUUUGAUUUUUUGAUUCUGUUAAGUUUUUAACGAACCAAACCGAACUGCUUGAGUUUAUGAAGAAAUUAACCUAAUAGUUGGGAGAUAUAAUUUUGGUUGGUUUGAGUUGGCUUGAAUUCAGUUGGUUCGGUUCGGUUUAAUAUUUUGUCGACCCCUAGUUAGUGUAUAAACAUGUCAAUUAGGGCCAAAAUCCGCGGUCCGAUUCCGUCCUAAAAAUUAAUAGGUUGGGACUUAGUUUUAUAAGCCCAAAAAAUUGGACCUUUCGGACUAUGUUCAUUUGGACUCAGGAUAUUUGGGCCUAAGCCCGUUUGGGCUAGAACGGGUCUGAAAACCCGAAACUUUAUAUUUUAGUUUAAAUAUUAUCAUUCUUGCAAUCAAAACCUUUAUUAAUAGUGACAUAUUAUUUUAAUAUUUUUGAUCCAAACACUAAUAAACAAAUAUGAAUAUUGUGAAUGCACCUUAUUGUUUAAUCAUUACAAAUAUUACAUUUUAAAUUAUAUAAAUGUACCUUCUUCUUUUAUAACAUAUUUUUUCAACAUACAAAGUCUGAAAUGUUUGAGCCUGUUUAUCAUAAAUUUUGUGUUUAUAUAUUUAGUUUAAAUUUAUAUUUAUUAUUUAAGUUUUAUUAAAUUUUGUUAGUUUAUAAUAUGUUUUUAAAGUAUACGAAAAAAUAAAAUAUUUUUGACAAAGAAGAAAAGUUUAAACUCACUUUAUAUUUUAAAAUAAAAAGUUGUAAUUGAUUUUUAUGAAAAUUCACACGUGUUUUUUUUUGGUCAAAUGAAAAUUCACAUAUAUUAAAACGAUAGAAGUGACAAUAAUUAGUUAUUUUUCAAAAAGCCCAAAAAUUUCAAAAAGCCAUGUAAUACUAUAAAGGCGGGCCACACCGGACUCAAAUAUUUACAGGCUUAAGCAGGUUUGGGCCGGGCCAGCCUGGAUUGACACCCCUACUAGUAUGUAGCUAAAUCACUCUAAGUAAUUAAGUAGCAUUUAGAUGCAAUAUGGCAAAGUUACAUUUCUUACAACUAUUUUGUAAUAAAAAAUAUCCAAAAACUGACAGUUGUCAACAUAACAAUAUAUAUAUGUAUAUAUAUAUAUCAUACCUAUAAUAGAUUGCAUAAUCUUAUCUAAUUACGCCAUUUUUAGAAGAUAAUCUUAGAGAGCAAAUUUUGUGUGUAACCAUCAGCCAAUCAUAUUGCAACUUUUGUGAAAAUUAUCUCAAGUAGAUUCCUUCAUUGUCCUCUCAGUGAAAACUGUAUAAAGGGUUGAAAAAAGUCUCACACUUGCAACAACAUCUCGAGAGGUUUCUUCUCUCUCUCUUCUGCUGAUCGUUUGUUGUUCAAAGUAACCAGGGGAAGAUGGAGGGAGAUGGAGGAGAUCCUUUCAACGUUGAUUCUCCUUUUGGUGGUUCUUUUAGUGGUUCUUUCGGUGGAUCUGGUGGCCCGAACACUGGUCCCCCGAGUCAGAUGUCUAAUGUUUUUGGAGGAGACGCUUUUGAUGGUUUUGGUGCCCCUAACAAUGAACCUCCGAGUGAGAUGUCUAAUGUUUUUGGAGGAGACUCUUUUGGUGGAUCUAAUGGUGAUCCAUUUGGUGGCUCUUUUGGUGGAUCUAAUGGUGAUCCGUUUGAUGACCCUUUCUUCACCCAGCCUUUUGGUGGUAACAUGUUUCAGCCCAGCUUGUUUGGUCCUCCUACCACGGACCCUUUUGCAGGAGUGCGUCCUCCUCCAUUAGGGUUUAUCGAGAAUCAUCAUCACCAGCCACCACAACCGAGACUACCAGGUGGAGCGUUUAUUGAAGAGCUCAAUGUUUUAGAUGCUGAGGAAGAAGGAGUAGCAUAUCAGGAGAAGAGCGUAAUCCUAGGGAAACGUGGCAGGUCAAGCAGUGAGGUGGAAACUGAAGAGGAUAUAGCUGAAGAGAGAAGGAUCACACACAUGCAAAACAUGAAUGCAAAUGCUAUGGUGGACAAUGGAAAAUGGCAACAACAAACUCAAGAGAGAAGGAUCACACACAUGCAAAACAUGAAUGCAAAUGCUAUGGUGAACAAUGGACAAUGGCAGCCACAAACUCAAGAGAGAAGGAUCACAAACAUGCACAACAUGCAUGCAAAUGCUAUGGUGACCUAUGAACAAUGGCAACCACAAACUCAAGAGAGAAGGAUCAGACACAUGCAUGCAAAUGCUAUGGUGAACAGUAAACAAUGGCAGCCACAGACUCAAAGUUAUAGUUUCCAGAGCUCGACUGUUACUUAUGGUGGUCAUGACGGAAACUACUACACUUCGUCCACGACCAGAAGGACAGGAAGUGAUGGGUUAACUCUUGAAGAAAGCAAAGAAGCUAAUACUGCAACUCGCGAAGCAGCGCACAGGAUUUCAAGAGGCUUCCAUAACAGGGGCCACACAGUUGAGCGUACGCGCAACUCGGAUGGUCGGGUUGGUACAAACCAGAUCUUGCACAAUCUGAACGAAGAUGAAUUGGCUGGUUUUGAGCAGUUUUGGAGUAGCAAUGCUGGAAUGCAAAUGCAAUUCCCCAGUCUGUCUGGUUCCUUUGGCAGUGGCUUUGUUAACAGAGAGCAACCAAUGUUGCCUCCUCCGACUGAUCCAAGCUCUUCUCGUGCAAGAAGAGGGCCUUACCGUCACAGAAGAAGGAAUGCAACGGAUUUAAGCAGACUGGGUUUCUAAAGGCUUCAAGUGAAUGUAACCAAAAGACUAUUAUAUACUUUACUUUGGUUGCAUGGUUACUGUAACCUCUGUAUGAUGACAUGAUUUGAGGGGAUUAUGAUUUAUGGUUUAUGGUAUAUGCAUGUUUUGCAACAUCAACUUGUUCUUAACUGCUUGUACUCAAGUGAUUAGAUCAAGCCUCAAGGGUUUUCUUCAGUCAUUGACCAUUAUAAUUCCUAAUUAGAGUUCCUAGGUAAACAUUCAAAAUUCAUUAUAAACAGAUUCUACCUCAUGUAGUCCUCAGAGUAAUGUCUAAAUUUCACAUUUCGAGAGUUGUAGAAUACGUAAUAAAAGUAGAAGUUGCAUUCUACAGAAAAGUAACUAUCUUUACAAUUAGUAGAAUUCACAUUCCCAUAUUUAGAAUUUUAAGUAAAAAUAAAUUGUUUGUUCUAAAAAAAGUAAACAGACAUGUUUUAUCUAGAAUUCACUUUCUACUAACACAUUUUCUGUAGAAGAUGAAUUCUACUUUUAGUAGAAUGUAAUUUUAAAAUUUAAUAUAUUAAAAAAAUUUCAACCAAAAAAACUAUCAUUUUAUGUAUAUGGGUAUUUUAUCAAUUGUUUCCAUUUUUUACAUUUUUUUUAUUCAUAAAACUAUUUAUUUUAUUAACUUUUAGAAUUGAAAAGAGUAAAAAAAAAAAAAGUGAAAAAAAAAAAUUUAUA